AUGCUGCUCUCCGCCCUCCUCCCCGCCCUCCUCGCCUCCCUCGCCCUCGCACGUCCCCCCUCACGUCGAUCCGUGCAUGAGACCCGCCGCUCCCUCCCGGCUGGCUGGAACCCCGUCCGCCGCGCGAACGCCGGCGACAUCCUCCCCCUCAGCGUCGGCCUCGUCCAAAACAACCUCGACAACCUCGAGUCCUACCUGCUCGACGUCGCCGACCCGGGCUCCCCCAACUACGCCCAGCACUGGACCACCGCCCGCGUCGCAGAGACCUUCCGCCCCUCGGCCGAGGCUGUCGACGCCGUCCGCGCCUGGCUCGAGGAAGACGGCACGAUCGCCCCCGAGCGCAUCGUGCUCAGCACCAGCGGCGGGUGGCUCACCGCGAACGUCACCGUCGCGGAGGCCGAGGCGCUGCUCGGCACGGAGUACUACGAGUACGAGCACGCGCGCGACGGCCGCACGCACCUCGCGUGCCACGGCGCGUACUCGGUCCCCGCGCACGUCGCGAGCCACGUCGACCUCAUCACGCCCACCCUCCACUUUGACGCCGGCAUGCGCCGGCACGGCUACAACACGAGCAAGAACAUCGGCACGACGGGCUUCGGCGCGCGGCCCAAGGUUGGAGGCGAGGUUCACUCGAUCUUCACGGAGCUGGAGCACUGCGACGAGGUGAUCACCCUCGCGUGUCUGCGCGCUCUCUACGACUUCGUCUACAUCCCUCUCGCGACGAAAAAGAACAGCAUCGGGGUCGUGGAGUACUCACCCGAGUCCCACCUCGACUCCGACUUUGACGUCUUCUUCGGCAACUACUCAAAGUCGCAGGUCGGCAAGCGUCCGAUCUUCGUCGGCAUCGAUGGCGCGGAGCUCACCGACAACGAGUUCUUCGCCGAGUCCAGCCUCGACUUGCAGUACGUCAUGGGCCUCGUGGGCGGCAAACAGCCCGUCACGCUGUACCAGGUCGGCGACAACGUCGAAGGCGGCUCCUUCAACACUUUCCUCAACGCCCUCGACGGGGGCAAUGACCCCAACGUCGACCCCGCCUACCCGGAUCCCUUCGGCGGCUACUCCGGUCCAGAGCAGUGCGGCGGUGCUCCCCAGACCUUCGUCGUCUCCACCUCCUACGGCUACCAGGAGGCCGAGCUCUCGCUCGCGUACACCCAGCGCCAGUGCGCCGAGUACGGCAAGCUGUCUCUCACCGGCAUGACGUUCGUGUACUCCUCCGGCGACGCCGGCGUCUCCGGUCCCUUCGGCGACUGCCUCGACGAGAACAACGAGGAGAACUUCUUCAACGGCACGCGCUUCAACCCCACGUUUCCCGGCGGGUGCCAGUACGUGACCUCGGUCGGCGCGACGCAGGUCAAGCCCGGGAACAAGGUGACGGACCCCGAGGUCGCCGUCUUCCAGCUGUUCCCGUCCGGCGGCGGGUUCUCGAACCACUUCCCGCGGCCGUCGUUCCAGGACGCCGCGGUGUCCUCGUACCUCGCCUACCACGCCCCGGACUACCCUGCGGGGACGUUCAACACCACCGGGCGCGCGUACCCGGACGUGUCCGCGAACGGGCUCAACUACUCGGUCGCGAUCGACGGGCAGCUGCAGCUCGUGUCGGGCACGUCCGCGUCCGCGCCGACGUUCGCGUCCGUGCUGUCCGCGAUCAACGACGCGCGGCUUGCGGUGGGCAAGAAGCCCGUCGGGUGGGUCAACCCCGCGCUGUACAAGUUCGAGGGCGCGUUCAACGACAUCACCGAGGGCGACAACCCCGGGUGCGACACCGACGGGUUCUCGGCCGCGAAGGGGUGGGACCCGGUCACCGGCCUCGGCACGCCGAACUACUUGAAGCUCGUCGCGAGCUUCUUGCUGCUGCAGUGA